GACUUAGGGCUGUUUGUGGCCCCUUGAUUUCUUCCCAAUCACUGCAAUGCGAUUUUGUUGAUUAGAUUUUACGAAGCGAUGAGUGCAUCUGUUGUGCUGAUUUUGUUGAAGCCUGGUAUUGGACUCUAUUUUUAACUUCACUUCGGGGAAUUAGUGCUGGAAAACAAUGCUCAAGGGUUGGAUCUUCAUGAUGAAAAUUGAGCGUUAAAGUUUCGGUUUGUUCGAGUUUUAUUUUGUGCCCACGAUUAGAGGCUUAGAGCUUGUCUAUCAUGAGAAGGAUGCUAACAUUGGUACAAAUAAAAACCUUUACUAUCUCAGUGCGUUUGUUGUGUGAGAGUUCUUUCGAUUUGUAGACAAAUUUGUUCAGUUAUCCCUUACUUAAAUGAAAGCUGUAGAAGUAUAAUGCUUUCUUUAAGCACAACAGUCAACACUAAUGAUUAAGCACUUAUACGUAAGACCACCAUUACAUAAAACAACAUGGCUGCCUUAGCCAUCUUAUAGGCAGCCAUCAUCAUUGCCCUGGGCUCCCUAGAAACCGCUAAGAGGGCCAAAUUAUUAAAUGACAACUUGAUAGGAGCAUUACGUAAUAAAGCCAUAAAGAAUACAUUACAAAGGCGAACAAAUAUUGCACAACAUAGCCUAUAGGAGCACUACGAAUUGUGAAACACAAAAGGAAGACACGACCCCCAUAAUUAAGCUCCCCAGCAGAAGAAACAAUCCUAACCUGAAUUGGAAUAGUCGAAGACAUCAUGGUCGGAAGCAAAUUCUGAAUCCCCCUUAAUAUAGCCUUGAUUGCCUCUCUUGCAUCCAAGCCAUUCCUUUCGGCAUUCCUCACAGCUCGAAUGCAUCUUCCACAGAGAGAGAUGGCACCAUUGAAAUCUCUGGAGCGCGAGUAUCCCAUAGUCAACUCCAAUUUCCAGCAGUUCUGCGCUUCUCAUGGCAUUUUCUCAGUUGAAGAUUUUCUCAUCCAAGACCUGUAUGUAUUAGCUGCUUUGGCAGAGCAACAUUCUACUUCAGAGAGAUUAAAGGAGGGUAUUACCCAGGUCCUCUCUAUCAUAGAUUGUCAGCAUCAACCAUGGUUGAAUGGUUUGGAGCUGUUGGAAGAUGCUGAACAGAAUAAACACAUUCUAUCUAGUGGAUGUGAAAGGAUCGAUAUGUUGCUUCAAGGAGGAUUCCAUCAGGGCCAUCUAACAGAACUGGUUGGGCCAUCAUCAUCGUGUAAAACACAGGUCUGCCUAAAAGCUGCCUCAACUGUUGCAAGAGUCGGUGGAGUUUUGUUCUUUGACACAGGCAACUCCUUUUCACCUAAACGCAUUGCCCGGUUUCUAAUAUCAGAUCCUGCUAGUAAAGAGGUUGAAAAUAGUAGUUUCCAAAAAGUGUUGAAGAGCAUAGAAUGUCACUCUGUGUUUGACAUUUUUACGCUGUUGGAUUUGCUACAUCAGCUGAAGCCCAAUUUAAUAUCUCAGACUGGUGAUCGGGUGCAGCUGCUUAUUGUUGAUUCGAUUUCUUCUCUUAUUACCCCCAUACUUGGUGGCAGUGGUUCACAUGGGCGUGCUUUGAUGAUUUCUGCUGGAUCAUUACUAAAAAAGUUGGCACAUGAGCAUAACCUUGCUGUGUUGGUGACCAAUCACAUGGUGAGCGGAGAGGGAGGCACUCAUAAGCCGGCACUUGGAGAGAGUUGGAAAAGCAUCCCACACGUGCGGCUUGAGCUCUCCCGUGAACAUGGAAGCAACAUUUGCAACAUGUGCAUAGUUAGACAUCCAUGCAUGGCUCCUGGUAAAGCAGUGACGUUUAUGAUUCCGUGAUUCGGUUCAUCUGAAUUGUGCAUCGGAACAGAAAGACGACAUGGUGUAAAAUACAGAUGAUGUAAAGCAGUUUAGCUUCGCUCAGAAAUACCAAUCUUUUUAAAAGGGCUUUUCACAUCUAGCUUAUACUAUUAUUUCUUUUUGUAGUUAUGUAUAUACGGAAUAUAAGGUACAUGGGAGACCAACAGACAGCUUCAUUACUUCAUCUUAAUAUAUUGGCUUUUAGUGAUCAAUGAUCAAAACUUGUUUCAGUU